GUGCAUUGUGGGCUAGUUGUCCUCUCUGAGGUGUCAUUGUUGUUAGCUCAGGCUAAUCAUCUCGGUGUAGUGUGUGUGUGUGUGUGUGUGAGAGAGAGAGAGAGAUGUCGGGUUACACGGCGGACGAGAAGCUCCGGCUGCAGCAGUUAGCGUCCCUGCGGCGCCGCUGGCUGAAGGAUCAGGAGCUGAGCGCCCGGGAGCCGGUGAUUAAAGCCGCGUCUCCGGGGCGACUGCAGGCCUUCUGGAGCUCAUUCCUCCAACCACAGAGUCUGUGGAGGAUAUAUGCUUUUAAGGCUUUUAACGCGAGUUCUUUUGCUCUGACCCGCGUCCUUAUUCCAGCCUGGAUCGUCCACUACUAUGUCAAAUAUCAUCUUCUUAAAAAACCCUACAGUGUGGUGGAGCUGAAACCCAGACUGUUCCCUGGUGAUACCAUUCUGGAGACGGGGGAGGUGGUUCCUGAGCUUCCUCACACUCAUGGUCACGCCCACCACUGAUCAGUGACCCUGGAUCAUGAACAACUCUGUACAUACUUCUGUAUCUAACAAUAAAGAGCUUUACACUGUA